AUUACUGGGGGAUCCACAGCAGUCGCUGGUUACGCACUUUGCCUCUCCCUAGGUCUCACCGAGAAGGGAAAGACAUACUGUGCUUGCUCUGAUCGCUCAGGAAGGAUGACUGGACACUGAGCUUGUCAUGUCCAAUACUCGUCACCCAUCUCUUAAUAGUUCUACAGAGACAGAGCAGAGUUCAGCUCAACCCUAGCUAGCUGGGCAUUCAAUUAUUCCCCCCUCUUCGCGGCAACAGCCUUCGGGAGCAGGCACUCGCGCUCUGGACUACCAAUUUACACCUCCCGCUGUUUUGAUAGAACACCAUUUUCUCCCCGGAUCCAAUCUAUUCUACAGCUUGUUCAUAUCAUACAUUCUUGUUGACUUCAUCGUACUUUCUUCCGUACAACCUGCCACCUAGAGACCCUUUGCUACAGGGCUGUGUUUUGUGGAUAGAGUAUUUAUUUUAGGAUAUUCCUCCAAGGACUUCACAUUCUCCCAUGUUUUAAGGAUCUUAUUAGGGAACCAAGAUGCUGCCAAUAUCUCAUCAGUUUUUCUACUGUGAUGCUGCCGUAUAUCACAGAUCUGCGUACACAAUGUCAGCAUUGAAGCUGCCUUGUGACCCAGAACCAGACCCUGAUCCACUAGCCUGUCUGGAAGCCUUAGGACCGACCUCAUCCUUCCCAGAUUCCAUUGAGGCCUUGGACUUUAUCGACUCUGAGAGCGUCACCACACAGGGAAGCAAGGAGAACCUCUUGGACAUCGAUGACUACGCAUCCGUCAAAAGAGACGCCUUGGACACCGAUAAGCUCAACCAAUUGAACAAUAACACCGUGUACGCCGACAUCUCGGAACCUCCGUACCAGAGCAUCGACAGGGCCUGGCUGAAGUCAGGACGCAAAGCCAUGGCGAUGGCCAACACGAACCAAAGCAAUCAGACACAGUCGGUGGCCAUCAUCGAAGAUGACCCCUUGAACCCUGACUAUGCAGCAGUUAAGCAUGUGGUCACCUUCUCAGAACCCCACACCCCGCCCCUUCCUAUCAGAGACAUACCAGUCAGGGACACACCAGUCAGUGACACGCCCCCUGAACUUCCCCCACUGGAGGUCAGGAGAAGACCCCCUUCGGAGACCCACUCCCACUCAUCACCACGCUCCAGCAAAAGCAAUAGCGGUUCAGACUUUGAUAUUAACACCAGCAGGACUAAAGUGAUUUGUAAUGAUAGGGUCAAGUUUGGGUCAUUGGAUCCCAGGAAACUUGAGGAUGUGACACCAUCAAGAUUCAGGAAUGGGCGCUACGAGAACCCCUGGGAGACGUGGAGGUUCCCUUCCUUAGGCAAUACACUUAAAUGGUUUUUCUUAAGUAAAAACAACAGCAGCGUCCCAUCAAAGUCGACCCUAGACAAGACGUUACCAGUGCUAAAACCAGACCGCGAUGAGAUCAAAGUUCCACCCAUUGACGGCGUACGGGUCACAUGGAUUGGCCACGCAACAGCCCUCGUCCAGUUCGAUGGUAUCUCGGUGCUGACCGAUCCCAUCUUCAGUGAACGCUGCAGUCCCAUGCCAUGGAUGGGUCCCAGGAGGUAUCGUCCCCCACCGUGCCAAGUCAAAGACCUUCCUAAGAUCGAUGCCGUCGUCAUCAGCCACUCGCACUUCGACCACCUUGAUGCCCCAUCCGUGUCGGCCCUGAAUGCAAGGUUUGGCUCCGAUCUGAGGUGGUUUGUACCACUCGGUGUCCUGGACUGGAUGACCAGCAUGGGUUGCGAGAAUGUCAUCGAGAUGGACUGGUGGCAGGAGAACUGUAUCCCGACCCACAGCGACGUCACGUUCGCCUUCACCCCUGCUCAACACUGGGGGCAGCGUACACCCACUGAUAGGUUCAAGACGCUGUGGGGCUCCUGGUGCAUCAUGGGACCAAACCAUAGCUUCUUCUUUGCCGGAGAUACCGGGUACUGUCGAGGCUUUGAGGAGAUAGGAAGACGCUAUGGGCCCUUUGAUCUAGCUGCUAUACCAAUUGGAGCUUAUGAGCCAAGAUGGUUCAAGAACCCUGUACACUGUAGCCCAUCAGAGGCAGUGCAGAUACAUGAAGACGUCAAUUCACGCAAGUCUGUAGGAAUACACUGGGGGACGUUUAGACUUGGCAGUGAGCAUUAUCUGGACCCGCCCAAGGAAGUGAAGAAGGCCCUGGAAAGCAAAGGGCUCCCUCUGGAGGAUUUCUUUGUAAUGAAGCAUGGCGAGUCGAGGCUACUCCUCGAAGACUCCACCAUGGAAAUGGACUGAAGGUAGCCUUGAAAGGACCAACCAUCAAUUGAAAUUGCAUCCUUUGUGUUGGAGUGCAUCAGAGGAAAUGACAUUCAUCAGCUCAAGAACAGUAAAAUUAAAGAUGAUUCUAUCUGAGAGAUAUGAUCCUAGAAUCGGAGAGAGUAGACUCCGCAAAUGUUGACCUUCCAUGUUAAUCACCUGUAAACUAACUUGAAGCAUUAUUCAGACCAUGGACCUGUUUCGUAAAGGACUUACUACAAUAGUUGCAACUUUGCCAUUAUCGCAAUUAUGGCAAAGUUACCAGAAUCGUAACUCUUUCUGUCUUUCUGAAAUGGGCCCUAGAAUAUGCUGAAUUCUGCCCAUGAAAGUCGUAACAGAUUUCCGCGGUCUCAAAAGAUUCGACAUACGCAGAGUCUCCUGCUGCACAAUGUAUUGUUUUAUAGUCUUUCAUGUCUGGACAGCCAGGAGAAUUUUGAUUACCUUAACCUGAAAAUAUGUAGUCCAUGGCAUUAUGUUCUUGUGAGUUGUACAAAAUUUAUAUGCAAUAAGCUGUGUGUAUAAAGUCACUGAGCAGUCUCAAUGAGGGAGUGUUUUUUUUAAUCUCUAUCCAUUGAUAUUCAGAAAUGCUCUGUAUUUAAUCAAUUUGAAUGUAUAUUCUGGAAGUACUAUGUAAUUUUAGAUGUGAGAGGAGGGAAAGAUUUGGGUUUUUUUUAAGGAUUUUUUUCUAUUAAUAAGAUUACUGCUAUUGUGAGAAGUUGGCAAUGUUUUUGUUUGACUUUGUGAAAGUAGUGCACUAUUCAUGAAUCUCUAAUUGAAGAAAAACUUUUGCCAAUUGUGAUCAGCAUAUUAUAAUUUUUUGUUUUAAAUGUAGUAGAAUUUAGAUUCUGAUAAAAAAGCUUUGAAUUUACACAGAAAGUAAUUUGCAAGGUGGGAAUUGCUGUAUUUAUAAGUUUUAGUGCAAGAUGAUGUAACGUUUUACAUGAAAGCAAACUUUGUACAAAUCAAGUUGCUUAUAACAGGUGAAGGGGGCAUUGCUUUAUAGUCAUGUAAGAUAUGAUUUUAGUUCAGCUGUUUAUGUACAGUUAACUGCAUUCAAUUGUACAUCAUUAAAAUUGUUCUUUACGGAAGAUACUGUGUAUUUAAAGAUUAUUUGCAUGUCAGAAAUUUGUGUGGAAUAGGUUAAAUUGACUAUUUUCAAGUAAAGAGAGUUUAUAUUAAUGUGAGCUAUAUAGUUUUGAAUCAGCUGUCAACAUGUAAUACAUUUGACUGUAGUUAAUUGUUCUGCACAGAAUGACCCAUAUUUAUUGGAGCAUAGUAAAGUUUGAAUAACUGAGUUUUAGUCAGUUAAGAGCGUACAUUAACUAUCUGUAGUCCUGCAAGCUGUGAUUUUGGUCAUGGGGAAGAGCUAGUCUGCAGGCACAGACCUUUGGCUUUAGCAAUUUGCAUUGUGCAUAAUGCAGAGUCUGAAGUUGUGAGACUAGAUUCACUUCAUGUACUGUGUAUGCCUCUGCCAAAUCUUAUCUGACACAGACAGAGAGUUUGGGGCCUAGUCUUCACUUCAGACAUGAUGUUAUUUGUUAAGGUGUCAGAUUUGAGUCUGUGCGUGCAGACUAAGGGAAGAGGGUCCCCCCCAGGGAGAAGGGGAAGGUAGAGAGAUAGCGAGAGGAAGAAGCCUACUGACGCAACCAGCGAUAGGGAUCAGUGACUCUACCUCUCCCCGUGAUCUCAUGUCGGGACACCGUGGCAUUCUCUAUUAAAAUCAGGUCUGGUUGAAUGACCUUCCCCUCUUAAAUCCUCCUUCUCACCACCUUUUCCUUCGACGAAGACCUCUCGCUCUCAUCUCAGACAAUCACUGCACAUCUUGUGAAAAUACUUGUUCAAGAGAUAAGAUAAAAAGAUAAGAUCGCCUAUCCAUGGAUCAGUCAAGUUUAACGUUUGGAAUUGGUUAUGCACAACAGUAGAAAGAGCUAGGUCCACUUUUAUAUCUAUAACUUACGAGAAGCGAGUAGUUCCUGGACUAAAAUCUGGGUUAGCCUGAAUCAUGGACUGUAUUAGUGAUUUAACUAUGGGUCACCAAAUGUGACCAACAAGUGAGAAUGAUACAAUGUUCUUGAUUAUAAUUUCCGAAGAAUCACCCCUUGAAUGUGUCAGGGUGAUCUUAUAAGGAGGAGGCACGAUAGCUCAGUAGAGCAGGGGUUUCGGAUUCCAGUGACCGGGUUCGAUUCCCACUUGGUGCACUAGUGUCCCUUUGGUAAGGCAUUUAUCCUCAUUACCAUGUCCCUCGGAGAAGACCUUAAGCCGUUGGUCCUCUGGUCGGUUGCUUGCUUACAAGCAUUAAUGCUUUCUUGGCAGUCACUUAAAAAAAAUCACCACCUGAAGGCUCUAUGUUUUCAAUUCUGCUCUACUAUAACCCAAGAACAAUAGAAAUUCAGUGACCAGUUUUUUCUUGACUGUUGUAAGACUUAUUAUUGGUUUAUUGACACCCCAGAAUAACGUUUGAAGUUCUUUCAUUGGAGGGAUUAAUACCUGUAGUACAGUCCUCUAUCGCAAUAAUUGCAUCUUGUAAUCAUAUUUUUGAGAAGCAUUUCCCACUUUUAGUAGAAUAUUUUUAUUGUAUGUUUGUAUUCAUUGUGUUUACGGUGAUAUAUCCAGGUCCAGGAAUGUCCUUUUUUUUCUUUUUUUUUUAAUCUUACAAAGCAUCUGGAAAUGAAUGACUUUUACUCAUGCAUGUUGUUACAGUUUGUCACCUGUAGAAGUGCUGGUAUAGGGUAGUGCUAAGUCAUGUCAUGAGUUGCUAGAUCAUUGUGUCAGUUGGCGGCAGUCACACCCAGAUGUUCUUUCCAGCAAAUGCCGAUGUACCCUGUGUGGUUGGCCGUUUUAUCCUUCAAUCCUGUUUCUUGAUGUAAAGUAUUCAAUUCUUGAUAUUUCCAUUGCAAACCAUCACAAAUUUGAAUUAUUUGUUAUCAAAUGUCAUGUGACCAACAAUAAGUCACCUUAAAUGAAUUUUGAGUUUUAAGUAUUCUUAAUGUUUCCAUCACACACUAUUAAAAAUUGAAAUACUUUGUCAUCAUAUGUCAUAUAACAAAUAUGACCAACAAUAGUCACCUGAAAUGAAUUUCAAGACUUUUAUUGAGCUUGAAAAGGCAAAGUUAAAGUGUCAAAAUAAGAUGUUAGUGCAACUUGAUGAAUAAUAACCCACACAAGUACUUGAUUGCAUGCAGAAGAAACUCAGUAAGAUCUUAAAAGAAUAAGGAGAAAACAGCAUUUGAAGUUUGGGAUUAACUCAAGCAUGACAUGUGCACACCAUGUAAUCUCAGUGAAAUGUCCCGACAGUCCAUAAAAAUGGUGUCAAAUGAACUCUUGUAUCUUAUUUUCUCUUCAACUUCACAGUAUGAAAAGUCUUGACAAGUAUGUAGAAGAAUCAUCCUUUCUGAUAUGCUGAUUUUCUAAUUUUUGCUUUUUAAAGACCAAAUUAAUAUUUAAGCUAUUUGCAGGAAGAACCUUUCUCAGUGACUUACUAGUGGUUUGGGGGUUGCUGGUCACAAAUAACAAAUAUUGAUAUUAAAAAGAAUGAACCAAGAAAACAGCUUACCAUAGCCUACGUACAUCGGCAUAAUGUUGGUUAAACAUUCGAGUGUGACGGCCCCUUCACAACAAAAAAAAUCUUACGGAGUAAAAAUAGAUGAACUUGAACUUGAAGUACCAAUAAUGUGUAGUAAUGUAGAUUGGAUCCCGAGAGUGGAUCGUA